ACUUACUGCGCUCGAUUCAAGAGACGCCUCUCUCCGCGGCAAAGGAGCCACCAAAGCCGGCCAAGUUUCCUCGACAACCCGCCGCUGUCUCUACUAUGAACCAGACUGUUGGUGGCUUACAAGCGGAGAUACAGAGAAGGAGAGACAAGUUGAGGGCUUUGGAACAGAGAAGGGUUGUCAUCACUCCAUCCCUGCUGAGGUUAACGGACAUCUUCCUCGCGGUGAAGAGCACCGGGAGGUUCCAUGGCACGCGCCUCUCUCUCCUCCUCGAGACGUGGAUCUCCAAGACCAAGGAGCAUACGUUCAUCUUUACAGACACGGAGGAUGAAGAUAUCAACUCCAGAGGUUACAAUGUGAUUGUGACAGAUUGUCCGUCGGACCACAGUCACCAGGCUCUGUCCUGUAAGAUGUCUGCUGAAUAUGACCACUUCAUGGCCUCCGAUAAGAAGUGGCUGUGUCAUGUUGACGAUGAUAACUACGUGAAUCCUGGAGCUCUUCUCUCCCUGCUCUCAGCCUUCCCCCAAGACAGUGAUGUCUACGUGGGCAAGCCCAGCCUCGACCACCCCAUCAAGGCCCAUGAACUACUGGAGGGCAACAAGACGAAUGAAGUGCAGUUCUGGUUUGCCACGGGAGGAGCAGGCUUCUGUCUGAGUCGCAGACUAGCUGAGAAGAUGGCUCCAUGGGCUAGUGGUCCCAGGUUUGAGCAGACGUCAGCAGUGAUCCGUCUGCCAGAUGACUGUACAGUAGGCUUCAUCGUAGAGAGAAGACUGGGGAUAUCCAUGGUCCACAGUUCAAUGUUCCACUCUCACCUGGAGAACCUGCUACUGCUGACGCCCAGCAAUAUACCUCUACAGGUGACUCUUAGUUAUGGGCUGUUUGAAAACAAGAUGAACAGUGUGGAGCUGAAUAGACUCUUCUCCAAGGAGGAUGAUCCCUCCAGGUUUAAGACGGUCCACUGUCUACUCUAUCCACUGACCAGCUGGUGCCCUUGAAGAGUCCAACUCCCAGCAGCACCUGUGCCUCCUGAGACUUUCCCAAAUGGUGUCAGCACUUCCUGGAUUCUCUGGGUGUGUCUCAAUAAUCUCUCUUUUCUCCUGAAGUGUCGUUUACUACUUCCAACAAAUCUAAAAGUGAUGGCUUGGUCGAGGUGUGGGCUAGUGGGAGUUUCACCCUUGCGUCUUACCCCGGUCAUUAACUUUGAAAUCAGUGUACAAACUUUGGGAGCAAGGAGAGAUAAUUGGGACACAGCCCUGGUUUUACAUGGAAAUAACAGGGACGACAAGCACUAGUCUGGUGCAGAAUGCAGCUUGCACUUCCUGUAGCCUAUCGACUUAUUCUAGGAGUUCUAGGAGCCCUCCAGAUCCCUUACCAAGACUAGGAGCCCUCCAGAUCCCUUACCAAGACUAGGAGCCCUCCAGAUCCCUUACCAAGACUAGGAGCCCUCCAGAGCCCUUACCAAGACUAGGAGCCCUCCAGAGCCCUUACCAAGACUAGGAGCCCUCCAGAGCCCUUACCAAGACUAGGAGCCCUCCAGAGCCCUUACCAAGACUAGGAGCCCUCCAGAGCCCUUACCAAGACUAGGAGCCCUCCAGAGCCCUUACCAAGACUAGGAGCCCUCCAGAGCCCUUACCAAGACUAGGAGCCCUCCAGAGCCCUUAACAAGACUAGGAGCCCUCCAGAUCCCUUACCAAGACUAGGAGCCCUCCAGAGCCCUUAACAAGACUAGGAGCCCUCCAGAGCCCUUACCAAGACUAGGAGCCCUCCAGAGCCCUUAACAAGACUAGGAGCCCUCCAGAGCCCUUACCAAGACUAGGAGCCCUCCAGAGCCCUUAACAAGACUAGGAGCCCUCCAGAGCCCUUAACAAGACUAGGAGCCCUCCAGAGCCCUUACCAAGACUAGGAGCCCUCCAGAGCCCUUAACAAGACUAGGAGCCCUCCAGAGCCCUUAACAAGACUAGGAGCCCUCCAGAGUCCUUACCAAGACUGCACUUGCAUCAUUUAUUUGCAGGUGUGUAUAUUUGUUGAACAGAGACCAAAAUCAUUUUGAAUAUAGUUUUUUUAAUAGAUUUGUAAAACUUCCUAUGAUGGAUGACCUCUGGUGAGACUCACUGCUGUAAAAUAUCUGCCGUUUUUGAAUCUGUUCUGUUAUGAAAACUGUUUUGAAAUUG